AAUAAUAAUAAUAAUAAUAAUAAUAAUAAUAAUAAUAAUAAUAAUAAUAAUAAUAAUAAUAAUAAUAAUAAUAAUAAUAAUAAUAAUAAUAAUAAUAAUAAUAAUAAUAAUAAUAAUAAUAAUAAUAAUAAUAAUAAUAAUAAUAAUAAUAAUAAUAAUAAUAAUAAUAAUAAUAAUAAUAAUAAUAAUAAUAAUAAUAAUAAUAAUAAUAAUAAUAAUAAUAAUAAUAAUAAUAAUAAUAAUAAUAAUAAUAAUAAUAAUAAUAAUAAUAAUAAUAAUAAUAAUAAUAAUAAUAAUAAUAAUAAUAAUAAUAAUAAUAAUAAUAAUAAUAAUAAUAAUAAUAAUAAUAAUAAUAAUAAUAAUAAUAAUAAUAAUAAUAAUAAUAAUAAUAAUAAUAAUAAUAAUAAUAAUAAUAAUAAUAAUAAUAAUAAUAAUAAUAAUAAUAAUAAUAAUAAUAAUAAUAAUAAUAAUAAUAAUAAUAAUAAUAAUAAUAAUAAUAAUAAUAAUAAUAAUAAUAAUAAUAAUAAUAAUAAUAAUAAUAAUAAUAAUAAUAAUAAUAAUAAUAAUAAUAAUAAUAAUAAUAAUAAUAAUAAUAAUAAUAAUAAUAAUAAUAAUAAUAAUAAUAAUAAUAAUAAUAAUAAUAAUAAUAAUAAUAAUAAUAAUAAUAAUAAUAAUAAUAAUAAUAAUAAUAAUAAUAAUAAUAAUAAUAAUAAUAAUAAUAAUAAUAAUAAUAAUAAUAAUAAUAAUAAUAAUAAUAAUAAUAAUAAUAAUAAUAAUAAUAAUAAUAAUAAUAAUAAUAAUAAUAAUAAUAAUAAUAAUAAUAAUAAUAAUAAUAAUAAUAAUAAUAAUAAUAAUAAUAAUAAUAAUAAUAAUAAUAAUAAUAAUAAUAAUAAUAAUAAUAAUAAUAAUAAUAAUAAUAAUAAUAAUAAUAAUAAUAAUAAUAAUAAUAAUAAUAAUAAUAAUAAUAAUAAUAAUAAUAAUAAUAAUAAUAAUAAUAAUAAUAAUAAUAAUAAUAAUAAUAAUAAUAAUAAUAAUAAUAAUAAUAAUAAUAAUAAUAAUAAUAAUAAUAAUAAUAAUAAUAAUAAUAAUAAUAAUAAUAAUAAUAAUAAUAAUAAUAAUAAUAAUAAUAAUAAUAAUAAUAAUAAUAAUAAUAAUAAUAAUAAUAAUAAUAAUAAUAAUAAUAAUAAUAAUAAUAAUAAUAAUAAUAAUAAUAAUAAUAAUAAUAAUAAUAAUAAUAAUAAUAAUAAUAAUAAUAAUAAUAAUAAUAAUAAUAAUAAUAAUAAUAAUAAUAAUAAUAAUAAUAAUAAUAAUAAUAAUAAUAAUAAUAAUAAUAAUAAUAAUAAUAAUAAUAAUAAUAAUAAUAAUAAUAAUAAUAAUAAUAAUAAUAAUAAUAAUAAUAAUAAUAAUAAUAAUAAUAAUAAUAAUAAUAAUAAUAAUAAUAAUAAUAAUAAUAAUAAUAAUAAUAAUAAUAAUAAUAAUAAUAAUAAUAAUAAUAAUAAUAAUAAUAAUAAUAAUAAUAAUAAUAAUAAUAAUAAUAAUAAUAAUAAUAAUAAUAAUAAUAAUAAUAAUAAUAAUAAUAAUAAUAAUAAUGUUUAA